UUACCCCUUUCCACAAUAACACUCCACAGAAGAAGGGAAAAUACAGAGAGCUUUUCUCAAAAAAAUAAAAAAUCAAUGCAUAUCUUCUUCUGUUAAAUCAAUCAAAUGGCAGCAGCAGCAGCAGCAUCGCAAUAUCCGAAAGAAGGAGAGGGUUCAUACAGGAUGGAAAUGACAAUUCAAACCUCAGACAAUGACGGAACAAGCACCGAACUCCGUGCACUCGACUGUAACCUCACCUCUCUCUGUGAUCACAUCCAAAUCGAAGGUUUCAAUUCAGGUUCUUUCUCCGAUAUCAUCGUCCACGCCAUGGGCUCCACCUACCACCUCCAUCGCCUCAUCCUCUCACGCAGCUCUUACUUCCGGAAUAUGUUGCAUGGUCCAUGGAAAGAAGCGAGCUCGCCUGUUGUUACAUUAAAAGUGGAUGAUAAAAAUGUGAAUGCGGAGGCAAUUGCUAUGGCUUUGGCUUAUUUGUACGGACAUCACCCUAAGCUUAAUGAUAUUAACGCCUUUCGCGUCUUAGCUGCGGCUUCAUUUCUUGACCUUCAGGAUUUGUGUGCAAUUUGUACGGAUUUUAUUAUUUCCGAAUUGUGGACUUCGAAUUUCUUGGCUUAUCAGGUGUUUGCGGAGAGUCAAGAUUAUGGAAUACACGGGGAACGUGUGAGAAAUGCUUGCUGGGGUUACCUUUGUCAAAGUGGUGCGAUUGAGUUGAAAGAGGUACUUCCAAAACUUUCCUCUCAAACUCUGCAUGCAUUACUGACUUCAGAUGAACUGUGGGUAUCUAGUGAAGAGAAACGGUUUGAACUGGCACUGUACACUCUUCUUGCAAAAGGUGCCUUUUGCAAGACUGAACAUUCUGAGCAAGGAAGUCCCAGUGCUGAGGCGAACAUGGAUGUUCAUUCUGACUCUUCGAAAGCAAAGGGAAAAAACUUGAGUGAUAACUGCACUAGUAAUGCAUUGGAAUCUGAACUUGGAUGCUUAGCUCUAAAAGAUGGCCUUGAGGGACAUGAUGCUGCUCGUAAUCUUCUGGUUGAGCUUGCUGAUGGUGUGGGUGACUUCCAGCCAGGGGUUUCUGUUUCCAAACAACAGGCUCAACAAGCUGCGUACACUCAAUCGAAUUUGGGGACACUACAUCCUUGCGAUAUGGGACAAUCUUCAUCACUGAGCAACUCAUUUUCAGUGAUGAAUGCAAAUGGAACCUCAUGUUCUUAUGUAGAAAUGCCAAUCAGUGCUGGAACAAGUGGACUAGAAUCUAGUGGAGUGGCUAUGGAGGGGCCAUCUGAAGACGGCUCAUACCAUUUGAAUAAUAAUAAUUGGCUUGCAAGCAACCAAUCUAGGAAUUGCAAUUCUCUAGACCCUUCCGGUAAUGGGCUCAUUCUCAAUGAUUGGGAAAGAUGUGACAUGCCUCAACUUUCAUGGGGUGGUAGGGUUGUGGGCAGAAGACAGGUGAAAGGUUAUGCUAAAGGGAACUGUGGAGUUCAUAGGGAGGAUUAUGAUACUUUCAUCAACAUAUUUGAAGGGGGUUCUCUUUUGUAUUGCAACAUGUCUUUUGAGGCACUUUUAAAUGUAAGAAAGCAGCUUGAAGAGUUGGGUUUUCCUUGCAAAGCUGUGAAUGAUGGUCUUUGGCUGCAGAUGCUUCUGAGCCAGAGGGUGCAGGAAAUUGGUGCUGACACUUGUAAAAUGUGCUGCCUAAUGAGUAUGGCAUGCACUUGCAGGCAGCCAUUUGGGAUUUCACAUGUAGUUGCCACCACAGGUUAUUACAUGCAAGAGCAUGAGCACCACAAUUCUUCUGGGGGUGUGACUAAUGUAUAUGUUGCUGAUUCUGGUCAAGGCGAGGGAAAUGGCCUCUUUAGGCCAGUACGAGUGCAUGUUAGGGGACCUAUUGAUGGGCUUGCAGGUAUUGGGCGUGGAACUACAUUUGUGCCAGCAGCUGCAUGGCCCCCUACACGUUUUGUUUUCUCUCGUGUGCCAUUUGGUAUGGGCAACAGAAAUUGCCAGCAGUCUGUUGCUAGUGAUGAUUCGGAGAACAGAACUGACCACAAUGGAGACCUAUCAGGGGAUGGGUUGACAGCUCUUGUUGGGUUAAGUCAAGGGGGGAGCAACUCGACUAUUCAUGGAGAGCAUAUGGAAAGAGGAUAUGAAACAGAUUUGCACGGAAGAUUGUCUAAAACAUCAGUUUCAGCACCGAGCACCAGUGGUAUUGCUGUCCAGAUGCUAGAAUCACCAGAACAUGCCAUUGGAUUUGAGUGGGAGAAUGCAAACAACUCCAUAUCGCUAGAUAUGAAAACACCUUUAAGUCAUUUCCCUCCAUUUCGUUUUGGGGUUGAAUUUGAGGAUGUGCACAGGCUCAGUGAUGGCCAAGUCAAGCACUCUCCGGAAAUCUUUUAUGCUGGUUCUCUCUGGAAGGUUAGUGUUCAAGCCUUUAAUGAUGAAGAUCCUCAAGGACGUCGAACUCUUGGGUUGUUUCUUCACCGGAGGAAGGCAGAGAUUACUGAUUCCCUCAGAAAGGUUCAUAUAUACGUGGACUCUCGUGAAAAGGUUACUGCUCGUUUUCAGCUGAUUUGUCCAUCAAAGAGAGAAGUAAUGGUGUUUGGAAGACUCAAACAAAGGGGCACUCUUUUACCUAAAGCUCCUAAGGGAUGGGGCUGGCGUGCUGCUUUGUUCUUCGAUGAGCUUGCAGAGCAACUCCAAAAUGGGACCUUGCGAGUGGCUGCGGUUGUGCAACUCGUGUGAAAUCAGAAAGUGGGCCUUCCUGAGUAUUUUUAGCUCAACUAUGGAAAUAUUGAUUCUUCAUGCAAGCUCAAAAUUGCUCUGCCGUGCCGUGUGCUGUUUAAGAUGUAAAAAAGAAAAAAACCAUAAGAGCAUUCUCCUUGUGCCUCACUUUGGCUGCAAUAUGAUGCAACAUUUCCAUAGUUCAGCUAUAACUGGAGACUGUAAUCCGGCGACCAUUACUUUCCCCAGAUUGUAGUGAUAACCAGGAGUGUCACCACCACAUGAAGCAAAGUGAUACUGGACGGAUAGAAAAUACUCCUUUGUUUGUUUAGUCUUCUGCUUGGCCUUUGCCGGAAUCAAGUUGAUUUGAUUAUAGAAUCGAUAGUUAUACACAGAAGAACGUCUGCCCCACCACAGAUCUUAUGUAUACUCAUAUGCUUGUAUCAAACUAGCUAUUUACAACGAUAAAUAAUUUUUAAAAUAUUCUUAUGAUAGCUAUACACCUAUUGUAUUUGAACUAAUUCUUGAAAUAUUUUGGUAAUGUGUUUGCUUAAUUUUCUUUUAA